AUGUGUUAUUGCAAAAAUUGCCAUACACAUCGAAGAGAUAAUGAGGUUUACCAAAGAGGUAGCCCGGCAAAGGAUUACGUUUUACCAUUGGGAUGGGCUCGAAUUCCUCUAAGAGUCGCUGACGUCCCUAGCAAACAUCACAUUGCAUUUCAUGGUACUGAUUCUGAAUAUGUGAAAAGCAUAUUGAAAUACGGUCUACGUAAACCAGGAGACAAGACUCCCGAUGGUGAACUGAUUGAAGAAAGACGGGGACAUUUUAACGAUGACAUGAAACCUGAGGGGUUCGAUACAAAACAAAUAUUUCUUUCUCCCAGUAUUAUAUAUUCCGGAAACCGUGCUUAUGCGAAUAUUAAAGAAUGGUAUGACAAGGAGUCUGGCACUAAGAAUAAGGCAAGAGUUGCAUUUCAGGCCUGGAUCAGACCUGGAUCAUACGAUGUAAACCAUCAUACAAUCAGUGCCGAUUAUCAGAUUGAUAAACACAUUCCAAACAGCGAGCUGGAAUGGUCCACCAAAGACAAGUCUGCCAUUAUCUUAAAAUACAUACUUGAAGAUACAAUCAGAGAUGCCGAAUAUUGGACAAUGAACAGCACUAGUUUACAUGACACUCGCAAAAAUAAGAUAAUUGUUGAUUCAAGUAUGAAUGUCGAAAAUUGGAGAUUCAAUAGAACGCGUCUUUAUGAAACUAGGUUUAAACUAUACCAACAUUUACUUAGAUACAAUUUUUCAGCUGAGUGGCGAUACCGUAAUUUCCUUGAAUAUGCUGCAAACAAAGACAAAAUGCAUUACAAACUAUGUAGUGUUGUUGGAAAUGGAGGUAUUCUCAAAAACAGUAGAUGUGGAGCAGAAAUCGACAAAGCCGACUAUGUCUUCAGGGCUAAUCUACCUUCAAUUCGUAAUUUCACGGACGAUGCUGGAAAGAAGACAAACUUGAGCAGUUUUAAUCCAAGCAUAAUUAGUAACAGGUACCACAACAAUUUAUCCGGAUUUAAGGAGGAUCUCGAUGCAUAUCAAGGUCUUAUAUUGUUUUCUCGGACUGAGACAAUAAAAGGAGCAAAACGUUCAUUUUUAUCAUAUGUAAUAGAGAAUACUACGUUAUCUGACUUGGAAGUUGAAUUGAAUUACUUAUUUGCAGUUGAAACAUUUUGGUUGUGCAAUAAAAGGGUAACUACAGGAUUGCUGUUGGUCAGCCUGGCGCUUACACGCUGUGAUGAGCUUAACCUGUUUGGAUUCUGGCCAUUUGAUACUGAUAAAGAGGGCAACUAUGUACCAUACCACUAUACCGAGGACAGUAAUUGGAAGGAGGCAUUAAAACUACAUAACAUGCCGUGCGAGUUUCAGAUUCUUAGAGAACUGCAUAUCAAGGGUGUGCUUAAGCUGCAUAUUGAAAAGUGUGAAUAGCGAGUAACAAGGUAAAUUGAAAUCGCUUCAAGUUAAUAAACAAUCUUUGAGGGGAAACAAGAUGAUGUAGAAUCAAAGGAACUUAAAUUAUAAUCGUGUAAACAAGCAAGUCGCGUAGUGCAAUAUGCAGGAAUGAUAUGCUGACAAUUGUACUAAACAGACGACUUCACAGGAAAUCACGUCAAACAAUGACGAAC